AAAUAAAUUGAUGGCAUAUUUUUAUAAGCAAUGUGAUUUGUGGGUUAAAAUAUGCUUGACAACAUUAAUAGUUAAAGCUUGUUGAGUUCCUUCAAGAGAUGGGAACAUUUUUUGAAUGUUUGACUUUUUCUCUGCUACUUAAGUACUACAAGAAUAGACAUAAGGUUUAUAAUAGGACAUAUAUGUUGGAGAGGUAGACUUGAGAGCCAGGAUUUCAGAACUGAAAUCUGAGCCCUGCUAUUUACUAGCUGUGUGACCUUGGCCAAUGACCUUUCCGUGCCCUGUUUUUUUUUUUUUUUCCAUCAGAACAAUAGAAAUAAUGUCAGUAUCUAAUUCAUAGGGCUGUAUCAGAUGAAUUUAUGUAAAACCAUUAGAUUUAAAACAGUAUCUAAACUGUAAUAACUGCUAAGAAGCUUUACCCACAAACUUCCAAAACAGUAGGGGGAAAACAAGAAUUUACAGGAGGACAAAACUUAAUCCAAAAGAAAUCAAGAAAGGAUAGGAAAAAAACCCCAGAAAUAUGUCAAAUAUCACAUAAGAGCAUAAACAGAUACAAAUAUAGCAAUAAAUUAACACAACGUGAUAUAAAAGAAUAAAGUAAUAUAAUGUAAUAAAAUAAUGUAAAUGGUCUAAGUUCUUCUGUUAAAAGCCAAAGUUUGUCAGACUGGAUUGAAAUAAAGCCUAACAAUACAUUUCUCAAAAGAUAUAGCUAAAACUUGAAGCUUAUGGAAAAAGAUGUCAGAGUCAAUGGGUAGGCGUCUUCUUCCACUACCUGCCUUUCCCCUCCUUGCCUUAGUCCACCCCCACGUCUCUCUUCAGGGUCUUGCCCCUCACCACCGCACUCCUGUGUCCCUCUGCGCCCCUUUUCUCUAAGGCAGGCCGGAAUGAUCAGGUUCCCAGAGCUUCUCCCUUCACCAACCGGUUUACACCAGAUUUGGCCGUGGUUACAUCUAUUGGGGGGGGGGGGGGGUCUCAUGCCUUUACUCUCAGGUUCUUGGUCCACCCCUCUGCGAUUGGUGGGGAGGCCCAGACAUCACCAUUUAUGAAAGGGAGGGCUUGUGACGCAAGAAAGCCUCAGCACAUGCACAUUGGCUCCUUUGAAGCUGGUGCACGGUACAGUCGAGUGUUGGUGCCGCUGGGGCAUCUGCGCAUCUCCACGAAGACCAGUUGCUCAGCAGCUGCCACCACUGCCGGCUGGCCUGUAUGAUUAGGCCAGAAUCUUUGAUGAGUAAACAAAUUCCUUUCUGUCGUGCUCUUGAUCACCCAUUUAUGGAGUUUCUGAAAGGCCCCAGAGAUUACUGCCAGGCGCAGCACAACUUUUAUGAAGGCAGAUGAACUGAAGAAAUUUAUUGCUGCUCCACGGAGAAGCACCGGUAAGAGCGGUUAUCCUGGACACAAACGUGUAGAAUUGAAAUCAUCAGAGCUUUUUACAAGAUUCUGACCUGGAUGGGUAAACCUCUGUGCACUCCCUUUCCAUUGACUUAGCAUUAUUGAAGUGAAGGAUUGCUUCUUGUUAGGAGGUUCAUUUCAUUUCCUGUUACUCUGAAUUUCAGAGCGUUGGGAAUUUUGAGUGGAGUAUAUAUUGGAAUAGACUUCAGUUCUUUCAUCAUUUCUGUAUUAAAAAACUUUAUAAUUUUUUUCAUAACCAUAUUGAGUGUUAAUUAACAUGGCUUCAAUGAACUUCCCAGCUCCAGUGGAAGUCACAUACAGGAACAUGAGAUUUCUUAUUACACACAACCCAACCAGUGCAACAUUAAACAAAUUUGUGGAGGAACUUAAGGAACAUGGCGUUACCACAAUGGUAAGAGUAUGUGAAGCGACUUACGACACUGCUCUUGUGAAGAAAGAAGGCAUCCAGGUCCUAGACUGGCCUUUUGAUGAUGGUUCCUCACCAUCUAACCAGAUCGUUGAUGACUGGUUAAGUCUUGUAAACAUUCAAUUUCGUGAAGAACCUGGUUGUUGUAUUGCUGUUCACUGCGUUGCAGGUCUGGGGAGAACUCCAGUGCUUGUUGCCCUAGCAUUAAUUGAAAGUGGAAUGAAAAAUGAAGAUGCAGUGCAGUUUAUUAGGCAAAGAGGCGUGGAGCUUUUAACAGCAAGCAACUUUCAUAUUUGGAGAAAUACCAUUCUAAAAUGCGACUGUGCUUCAAAGACCCCAGAGGUCCGAGAAAUAAUUGCUGCAUUCAGUAAACUGUGGCUGCCUGAUGCUGUUGCCUUGGAAGUAGAACAUGAGACAGUCCUUAAUUUAUUGCACAUGUUAGCCAACAUGUUGGCUUAAACAAUGACAAUUCUAGUGAAACUUCCAUUGGAAUAUCGAAAAGCCACAAGUUUGACAGAAUUGCAACUUACCAAUUGCUACUAUUCCCAUGCCAGAAACAAUACAUAAGAAAUGGAGGGAUUAGGUGCCAAAGUACCCAGCACAAUACUUGUAUAUUUUUAGUAUCAUUCAGAAUUAAAAUUCUUAGAAUUAUGGACA